AUGGCUGUAAUGUUCAAGUCUAAGGACGGAACUGCCCCCGUCUCCCGCGCGUCCCUCUCUCUCCCCUCUGGUUUUCGCGACAGCCACUGUGGCCGGCCACGUUUUGGCCGGCCGUGCUCUCGUCCGGCCACCAAAGUCGACGAGGCCGGUACCAAAAUGACCGGGCCGCCGUCCUCUUCCUACCCCAGUCGGGUCUCACCGCCAGCCGCCGUGAUUUCGCCGGAAAAUCGAAGAGAAAAGCUCGGUUUCGCCCGAAACUUCGCCGGCUUCGUUCUCCGUCGUCCGGCCGCCAUUUUUGGCGAUCAAGGUAUGGAAAUUCAUCCCUUCUGCAUGAUCUAG